AUCCUCCUGAGAGGCACACUUACUGUUAGUACAGUAUCACUAAACAAUAAAUCAAGCAAAUAAAGAAAAUGCCGAAACACCAACGCGACAAUCGGAAAAGCCGCCGAUCGGCGCCCUACGAGAGCGGAGAAGUUGAGGAAGGUGAGGAGCGAGAAAGAAAUCGAAGCAGCAGAAACCGGUCGUCUGGAAACCGCCGAUCAAAGAGUGCGUCGUCGUCCAUCCACACACCGUGCGCAACAUUUGACGACAUGAACCUCAAACCGGAUCUGCUGAAAGGCGUGUAUGCGUACGGAUUUGAAAAGCCAUCUGCCAUUCAGCAGCGGGCCAUCAAGCCCAUUGUGCUGGGACGUGACGUGAUUGCCCAGUCGCAGUCGGGAACAGGGAAGACAGCUGUCUUUUCGAUCGCCUCGCUUCAGCUUUUGGACGAGACCUCUCGGGACGUUCAGGUGAUGGUUCUGAGUCCAACGCGGGAGCUUGCCGAGCAGAGCCAGCGUGUGAUGCAAUCUCUAGGAGACUUUAUGAAUGUACGUAUCCUUUGCAAAAUGGCAAACAAGAAUACUACGCUUGGCUUGACUGGUUUGGAACCUCUUACGUGUCGAUAUAAAAAUCGAGUCACGUCGACAACGUUGCGAUGUAGUGCAGCAUCGUCUCGCUUUAGUUUCGUUGACGUUCUUUUACCGAUAGGAUGGAAGACAAGCCACAAAUUUUCAACUCUUUGCGUACUGAAGUACGACGAUCCGUCUCACCUAUUUCUUAAUAACUUCAUGAUGGUUUUUUUCAACAAGGUCAAUUGCCACGCCUGCAUCGGAGGGAAAUCACUGGGAAAUGAUCUAAAAGAACUGGAACGGGGCGGGGUCCAGGUCGUUUCUGGGACACCAGGCCGGGUCUACGAUUUGAUUAAACGCAAUGCCUUGCACAUGUCACGCCUCAAGGCCAUGGUCCUGGACGAGGCCGAUGAGAUGCUCUCGAGGGGCUUCAAGGAACAAAUCUACGACAUUUACCGGUUUCUGCCGCCAUCCUGCCAGGUCGUGUUGAUGAGUGCAACCCUUCCUUCAACCGUACUGGAGAUGACCCGCAAAUUCAUGAACGAUCCGAUCAAGAUCCUCGUCAAGCGUGACGAGCUCACUCUAGAGGGGAUCCAGCAGUUCUUUGUCGCCGUCGAAAAGGAAGAAUGGAAGUUCGACACACUGUGUGAUCUCUACGACACCAUGACGGUCACCCAGUCCGUCAUUUUUUGCAACACGCGUCAAAAGGUUGAUUGGCUUGCGGAAAAGAUGAGAGAGUCCAACUUUACUGUUAGCGCCAUACACGGGGACAUGGACCAGACCGAGCGGGACGCCGUCAUGAACGAGUUCCGAUCGGGGUCAUCCCGUGUCCUGAUUGCGACCGAUCUAUGGGGACGGGGAAUCGACGUCCAGCAGGUUUCCCUGGUGAUUUGUUAUGACCUUCCAACAAACCGGGAACUGUACAUCCAUCGAAUCGGUCGGUCGGGUCGUUUCGGCCGAAAGGGUAUCGCCAUCAAUUUUGUGAAGGAGGACGACGUCCGGACCCUCAAGGACAUUGAGCAAUUCUACAGCACGCAGAUUGAUGAAAUGCCGGCAAACGUUGGCGAUCUUUUGUAGUACGAAAAAAAAUGUGUUUCGAAGAACGAGCUGAUAAUAAUGUUGUACAAUGUGG